AAGCUCAAUGAUUUGAUCGGCUCCUAGUGACAUGUCUCUGAAAUCAUCUUUAUACCAGGUCAUCGGAAUCGGACGUUCCCGUUGGAGCAGCAGCGCGAAGCAGCAGCCAUGUCCACCACGGUCUCGCCGCCGCCAGACUCUUUCGGCGAUGCCCCAACGGCACCCGGCACCCCCAGCUCCAACUUCACGCUGCUGUACAUCAUCAUCGCGGUGCUCACCGGCGUGAUACUGUACGUGGCCAUCCGCCAUGGCCAGUCAGUCCUGGCCGAGUGGCAACGGCUCCAGGGAGGCGGCCAGGGCGAGGCCGAGGCGUCCGGGACGAGGCUCGGGCUUAGCGUGGAGGACAUCGCCGCGCUGCCCACGUUCACGUACCAGGCGCGGGCCGCGUCGGCGUCGCCGCAAGGUGGCGGGAUGAGCCGCAGCAAGGGCAGGACGCCGGGCCGGGCGGUGGUGGAGUGCGUCGUGUGCCUGCAGGAGAUGGAGGACGGCGACGUCGUGCGCGCGCUGCCCGCGUGCAGGCACUUCUUCCACGGUGGCUGCAUCGACGCCUGGCUGUCCGCGCACUCGACGUGCCCCGUGUGCCGCGCGCACCCGAAACCCGAGCGCGCGCGGCUGGCGGAGGCGCCCAUGUCCCCGCCACUGCCGCAGCUGCGACGGUGCGGCGUGUCGCCUGAGCGGUCCACGGCAUCGAGGGUCCUGGUGGACAUCCUGGCGCGGUCACCGUUGAGAAACAGCUGCUCCUGCUCGACAAGUGGAUCCAAAUCCAAGGAGACCAUCGUCUCAAAAUCACCAUCGCCAAGGCUUCACUUUGGGUCAAGGAUUCCGUCUCCGAAGCCGCAGUUGUCUGGCCGGGUGGAAGAUAGAUGCUCAAUGUCACCUCCAUCGGGAUUAUCAGAAAUCGUGGUUGUCCCAUCCAAGUCGCCGUCGCCGAUGAGGUUCAGCACAAGCAGGCAGUUGACGACGGCGAGAAGCGUUGCAACAUUGGAAAGGAUAGAGGUGAUCGCGUCAGCAUCACCGUCACCGUUGCCAAUUAGAGAGGACGGUGGUGGUUCCCUGUCGAAGUCGCAGUAGCCGUCGCCUGUGCCAUAUCGAGUAAUGGUAGGGUAGUUGGAAGAACAUGAAGAGGGCUUGUGACGUAUAUUUCAUUUUUUUUACUAUUUUACUGUGAUGAAAAAGGUAUUAUGCUUCUUU